GUUUUCCAAACACAAUGGCGGACAAGUCUUGUCGCCUGUUAGAAGGCAAACAGGCAAGCGAUUUUGUCGCUUCUAUGGAUGCUUUUAUUUUUGAUUGCGAUGGUCAGUGAACAAAGCAACUUCGUAGAUAAUGAGGUGUAAGAUUUCAAAGCUAAUAAUAAUAUUUUUUGUCUUAAUUAUUUCACAAAUUCUUUAGGGGUGCUUUGGAACGAAGCCGGCCCUCUUGACGGAGCAGUUGAAGUGUUACAAGAACUUCGAAAAUUGGUAAUAAUGAAACUAAGAGUAUUUAUCACAAAGCAUUUAAAGGAAUCCCCCUAAUGGUGAGGUGUUUCUGGCCCGGACCCUUUCAGACAUUUUUCCUGGGAUAUGCGCCUUUUAGAAAUCAACAUUUAUUAUUAAAAGCGCUCAUUAUUUUUGUUACAUACCUCUCUUAAAAUGCGGCAAUGUUAAUUGUCCCCUUCAGAAAAGAGGUUCUACAGCACUCUUCUUAAGAAGCUAGAAAUAAAUAUUUGUAUUCACCAUCCCACUAUAAAUUAUGUAACACUUCCCUUUAUUCCUUCAGAAAUUUUGUCUCGGUAUUUUCACCCGUAGAAAUUAACAUUUUGGUUAAAAAUUCUUUUCGGAAAAGUUUCUCUCUUGGUAUUGACCCUGAUCGCCUGAGGGGUGGGGGGGGGUGGGGGAGUGGAUGCAAAAUGGAAUGGUUAGGAAUGGCCCCCAUAGAACAGGCACUAAUAAGAGCUGGAGAGGUGGAAGGUUGGAGAUUCGAAGGGGACUGGGGUGAGGUUGCUCCAUGGGUAUGAUAGUGGGGAUUUAUGAGGCCCUCCUGGGGGGAGGGGGGUAACGUAUGGCCCUUGUCUUUCAAAACCUGUCAUUUCACAUAUUGAAGAGGAAGCCAUGUCACUUUUUGAUAUUUUAUUAUUUUUAAUUGCACUUUUCUCUGUGGCUGUCGCAGUUUCAGCCCAUCUUUGUAUCAUUUGCCACCAUUUCUGCUGUCCAAUGUCGCUGUUUCAAGCUCAUGUCACUUGUUGGAAUUUGUCUUUAACAUGGCCUCAUUUAUCAAUUCCAAUGAAAGUUUCUUCUUAUAUGAUUGUGUCUCGUGUCCUCUAUUUUUCUUCAGAGUAGUACUGCUCUGCUUAUUUGAACUGCUAUUCCAUGUGCCGAACAGGCCUAGGAAUGGAUAGGAUUCAAAAAACUUAUGUUGUUUUUGUUUGAUAUACCUUCAUAAAGUUUUUCUUCUGAAUUUCAUCCUACCUCUAGGGAAAACAGGUUUUCUUUGUUACUAAUAACAGUUCCAAGUCAAGAGCAGAAUAUGUCAAAAAGUUUGAGAAGUUUGGAAUUCAAGCUAGCAUGGUAUGGUCAUUUUCAGUAAAUCUUUCUGGAGUUUACACAGUCUCUUAAUAAUCUUGUUUUAUUUUUAUUUCUAUUGGUGGUGCUUAAAUUUGAUGAAUGUGUGGAGCAAAACAUAGAAUGAAUUAUGCUUUCUUUUCAGAUUAGUUUGUUUAAGCCAUAUGAGAUCAUUGCAGCCCUCCCUUAUGCCACUGUGAACUGAAUGUUGUCCAAAGGGUAGCCUGGUAGCAUUGGGUAGACUGGUUAACCGGGUAGCCCAGGGAUACCUGAGGGGGUAGGGUGGGGUUAUAAGGGGGCAUGUCCUUUUGAAAGGGGUGGGGAUGCUUGUCGUACAAUAAUUGUAGUUAAGCACCUGAAUGAGAGCAAUCUGGGCCUGGCUUGAACUUAAAAUUACCCCUAAAGGAUACCAUUUUAAACAUACAGGCCAAUGAUCUGUAGUAAUUUAAAUUGAGAUUGUCUGAUAAAGAUGUGUAUGUUAUAUGACACUCCAUAAUACUAGUAAUGCAACAGAAUGUUCCAGGUAGGGUCAUUACAUUACAAGUCUAGUCUCAUGGAGGUGUCUACGUACUCCGUUGGGUUUGGGCCCAAGCAUACAUGUGCAGUCCUUUGUCUGUUAAAGGGGAAGGGUGGGGGGGAGGUUGCAGGUAGGCUUGGGUCCAGUAAAAAAAUCUCCAAAAAUGGAAAGUAUUCUAUGUUUAGUAAUAUAAUAGAAACUGAGUUUCCUUCCUGUCCAUAUAGGAGGAAAUUUAUGGAACUGCGUAUGCUGUGGCAUUUUACUUAAAGGAGAUUCUCAAAUUUGAUAAGAAAGUUUAUACUGUUGGCACGACAGGGAUGGUGGAAGAAUUUGAUGCCUUGAAAAUUCCUCAUACUGGUUCUGGAGUAAGUCAGUUUUUCGUUAAUUUUAAUAAAAAAAACCAGAAGUGAGGUUCUUUGCGGAACCCUAUACGAGUAGGAUUCUGUCAUUCCUCUUAGAUAGGCAAGAUCAAGGCUUGUUCUCCAGGGUUAGUAACUGUACUUGUAAAAAAAUCAAUUCUUUUCUUUUCUUUUUUAUUUUUAUUCUCUUAGUUUAACCAAAGUUUAAAUAUAUCUUUAAGUUUCAGACAUUUUUCCACGUGCUAAAUGCAGUUUAUGGAACAGAUCACCUACUCAGCUCGCCCAAUGUUACUAAGUGUGAUUAAUUUUGCAAAUACAUUCUAUUAAAGCUUCUUCAAAAGUUAUAGCCAUAUGUAUAAAAAAAAAAGAAGAAAAAAAGUGCGAUUUCCGACAGGGGGGAUGGAAAACUCAUUUUUUUUCUCUUUUCCUUUGUAUAUGGCUAUAGUGUCAGUCCCCUGUCAACAUUUUUUCUCUUUUUCAGCCAGAUCAGUCCUCGGGUGGUUACAACGUGAAAGAGUGGUCAACAUUAACACUUGAUCCUGAGGUAGGUACUAAGUCUGAUUAUGUCGUUAAUUACCACUAUGUUAGCCUAUCUACAGGAUGUUUUUCUGCAUGAGAGUGAGACAGAGCAGGAGAACAAGCAUGAGGCAAGAGAAAAAAGGAGUGGGAUUUUUCUCCACUCCCACUCCCUUGCACUUAUGGUCAAUAUAAAUCCCCACAGUUUUUAUUCCAUAAAUAUGCUCUACGAUCUAAAAAGAAAAAAUAGAAAAUAGAGGGUCUGUGAGUAGACGACCACAGUGUACACUCUCUUGAAAAAUUUAUCAGUAAUUUUUCUUUUUCCUCUUUAGGUUGGAGCAGUUGUUUGUGGGUUUGAUGAACACUUUAGUUAUCACAAACUUAUAAAAGCAGCAAGUUAUCUUGCCAAAGACUCCUGUUUAUUCAUUGCAACAAAUCGUGAUGACAGAUUUCCAUUUAAAGGCAGUGAUGUUGUUGUUCCAGGUAUUUGUGUUGUUUAGCAAAAUAAUAUUUCUGACCCUUUGGGGGGGGGGAAGGAGAAGGGAUGGGAUACUCAACAAAAUCUUACACAGGAAGGCUCCCUCCUUAGGUCCAACCCUUUACGCUUAAAUACUGUUUUGGAGACAAAAGGUACCCCUUUUAUAGGUACCUUUUAUUGUCAAAUUGCACCCUCUUCACGUACAUGCUAGUUUAAAAAGCUGUAUCCCUUUUAACUGCUGUAAAUGCACCAUCUUUUAAAUAUAAAUAAAUAACACUAAACUAGGAGGCCAUAAAAUGCACCUGCUAGCCCUUUCAGGUCCUCUUACAAACCAUGAUAAUGGCAGAUUUCCCUACCCUCCCUACCCUUUCUUAUACUUCAACUAGUGAAAUCCUACACUUUUGGGCGGAGCCUCCCUAUAUAGGCCAUACUCCUUCCCCCCCACCCCUUGCCCAGGUUACCCCUCCCUAACAACUGUUUUGCUUGAAGGCCUAUCCUACUCUUCUGGAAAUAAGAGAUGCUGUCUCCUCGAUCAAAAUCCUAAUAGAACCCUUCCCCCAUCAAAAAAUCCUUUUUCCCCUUUGAGAAUUUUCCUCACUUGAGUUCAUUAUUAACAGUGACUAUUCAUGGAAGGAGUAAUGAGUAGGGAAUCACUACCAUGACGGUAGUUCGGAUCUGGGAUCUUACCCACUAUUUGUCUUAAGCCCUUUCAAUUUUUCAUGUUUUAUUCCAUAAUUUUGGCAUGUGAUAGGUCAUGUUACCCCCAGCUGCAAAGGGUCUUACUGAAAUUCAAAAUGUUUCAUUCUGUAGGCACAGGUUGCUUUGUGAUUUCUGUGGAAACAGCAGCCAGAAGAAAAGCAAAGGUCAUAGGGAAGCCAGAGAGAUAUAUGUUUGAUUGUAUGAAAUUACGGUAAGAACAAAGAAAGAACUUUAAAUUAACUUGUCUUUCAGUGUUUGGGGUUACAUUUUCAGGCAAACUGCACAGUCAAAGACAUUUAAAUCUUGUACUCAUUCUCCACUAGUAGUAGACAGGGGGCUAUUAAAACAAGAUAGCAGUGAGAAAAGGUAAAAAGGUAAAGGCAUACAUGAGCCAAAGGCCCAAAUGGCCAGAGCUUAUCCUGGUUUCCUUAGCAUGAAGCAUAGGAGUAUUACUACUCCCCCUGGACGGUAUGCUAGUCCAUCACAUGGCAACCCCCCAGGAGUAUGUGGCUGGUACCUAUUUUUACACCUGGGUGAAGAGAGACAAAGUGGAGUAAAGUUCCUUGUCUAAGGAAGCAACGCAAUGGGCGAGGCUUAAACCCUGGACCUCCAGAUCGAGAGUGCAAGGUGUUAACAGCUUGGCGGCCACACAUGCCCCCACAGAAAUGGGGGUAGAAAAAGACCCCACCAAUUUUUUUCAGCAGAGUAGUGGGGAUCCUGUCUAUGUACAAUAGUUUUGACCACUUCCCUUACUGCAUUUUGUGGUAGAAGAAAGUGGCUUCUAAUCUUAGGAAUCCUUUGAUACUUGGGUGUCCUGAUCAAGGUACUCAGGGCUAACUGGUCUUUUUACAAUUUUUUUCAUCGCUUUUCUGCCUUUUUGACACCAUUUUAAAUUGUCAUACAACAUGCAUGUAAUACAUUCACAUGUAUCACCAUUUCACAAGGUUCAAAUCAGAUCAGGUGCAACUGUCAAAAGGACAACUGAAGGUUUCUCAUCCUAGGUUCAUUCCUCAGCUCCAAACCUUUGUAGUGCUAAUUAUGUUAAAAUCCUUUUUACAAUAGAGCAUUCUUUGAUCUACUUCUCAUUGUUAUUGACUAUAGUCAAAGGUGAAUAAGACAUUUUAAAAUAAAAAGCCAUCCACGCAGAGGGCUUAAGAGAAAUUUAAAAAAUGUUUUCAUGACCUAGUUUACCUUGUUUUAAAAUAUUGGUUUACUGUAAAGCCAAGAAAACUCGAACACACUCACUAAUCUAUGAUUGCUACUAGCAGUAAAAGUGUUUUCUUGGCGGUUGGAGGUUAACCUUGCAUUACUUUAUUGUCUUUCAUCAGUCAUGACAUCAACCCAUCACGAACCUGUAUGAUAGGCGACAGGUGAGUUAAAACCUCUGAGACACAACUUUAUGGUGACUUAAACCCAAGAUACAAAGGCAGCUUGCCUGAGCAGUCAGAGCGCUGGACUUGUAAUGUAGAGGCCCCCCGAGUUCAAGUCCUGCCCUGACCAAUAGCUGGAUUUGUUUCUCGGUAGUCCUAGUCCCGAGUUCAAAUCCUUGGCCACGCUUGGUUCACCUCCUUCCUACCAGCUGGGAUUUUUAGCCAAUGCAUGUUAUAUUCCUUUUAAACAUUAUCUGUUUUAUUUAAUCCCUGAAAAGCCCCAUAAGGGGAGAGGAUAUUAUUAAAUCAUUAUUAAUUAGUAUUAUUAUAAUUAUAAUAAAAAUUCCAAGACAAAAGACAGCAGUAAAAGAUCUUUGAAAUGUCACAAAAAUUUUGCCAUGGGCUUGACAUUUCAUAAAUCCCGGAAUCCGUUUACUAGUUCCUCAUACUCAGACCUCUUUUGGGGCCUUAUCACGUUCCUCCUCAUCGACACUGUGGCUCCUAUGCUGACAUUGUUAGGGCAAAGGAGCUAUGUGAGGAAGCCCUAUAAAGAACAUUAGAGUAUGUAAUACACUAAGAAUCCAUUUACUGCACUUCACAAGGUUAAAGGGUAUCCAACAAGUGAACAUAACAUACAUAGAGGACAUUACAUGGCCGCUUGUUCUUCUUGUGUUGAACAAUAUUUCAUGAGCGAGUGCAGUGAUUGAGUGUGAUAUUUUUCAACACGAGAAGAGAAAUUUUUUAUCUCCAAGCGACCAUGUAAUGUUCUAUUUAUUAUAUAAACACCAAUGAAUGCCAAAUCAUUUCACUUAAAUAGAUUUUUACUGUGAAAGGCGCAAUGUAUUAUGUAGCCAUAGCAAUGGUGAUCUUUUCACAUGUGAAAAUAACAUGUUGUUUUCAUGUGUGAAGAUAUCAUGUUUUCGCACGAAAGCUGACCAGGUAUUUUCAUUGGUGUUUAUGCAAUAAAAGGUAUUAUAACCCCUGAUCAUACUUUACUGGGCUGACAUCAUAAUUUGAUUGCUUACAUUAUUCUAGACUGGGAACAGACAUACUGUUUGGAAACAACUGUGGCUUAACUACCAUUCUAAUGCUGUCUGGAAUCUCAUCUCUAGCUGAUGUGAAAGACUGUCAGACUUCUAGUAAUCUCGAUGAUAGGAAGUCUAUUCCAGAUUUUUAUAUGCCAAGUAUUGAGGCUCUUAAAACACCCAUAAAACAUGUCAGUAAUGCAGCUAGUUAGCAACUAGUAGGUUAGCAACUCUCAUAAAGAUUUUUUUGGGAAAUAAUCUGUGAGCUUCAUCUGUGGGGAUGUUAUAGAAAAUAAUAAAGACUAAAAUAAUACCAAGACUGAAAACAUCUUUUCUGUUAACAAUUUUUUAUUAUACAAAGGGCUCUUACAAAAUGGAAAUUACAAAAAAAAUGUUCCCAGUGGCCCCGGAACCAGGGCAUUGCAGAAAUAUUUUGUUUUGUAAACUGACUAAUGUUGGAUCGUACUUAACAUUUUUACACUGGAUUCAGUUAAGUAAGAAAUUACUUGUGCUUCUCUUGGAGUUAGCAUGCAUAGCAGUCGUUUCUGUUUGCCUUAUUCCUUCUUGUGGCUCCUCCACUUCCCCCACUUGGUCAAAAGGAAACAGAACAGACUAUUAUACAGGCUGGCCAUCUUGCAACUGGAAUUGAGCGAUAGAAUUCUAGACCAAUGUCUGGGGAAAACAAUAACACUUUAAGAAACAAUACAACACCUUUGACAUUUUGAAAUGAUAAUAUUAUUUUCAGCAUUUGCCAACAUCACCUCACAAAAAGUAUAAAACAUCUGAAUAACAACAUAAGCAACUGUUGAGAUGACUGUUGAAAAUAAAAGUUAAUGCUUUGUGUUGUUUCUUAAAUUUUCAUUUGCCUCCUUCUAUCAAAAAACUUAUCAAAACAUCAAAUGUUUCAAGGCAAGUUGAAGUUCUUGAUCAGGGCUGUCACUAAUAAAGAACAGGGGCCAGGGAUUUCCUUGGCUACUGUGGCUACUUUAAUAGAAAUCAAAAGGAAACUAGAACAAAAGAAAUUCUAAGCUUUUAAUUCUCCUCCUAUUAAUUGUAUAUACCCAGCAACUUGAAAUCUUAGUGGCAGCCCUGUCUUGAUAUGGUAAACCUAUAGGGAAAGUCAAGAACAAAAACUUAACAAGGUGUAAGUUAACACUGGUAAUCUGUUACAAAAUGCCUUUAGUUAUUCCCCUUUAAUAAACCUGUACAGUAUUAUUUUGACAAAAUGUGCACUGAGUGACCUGUUUUUGUUGUUGCAGAAUCAGUUUGUCUAGGGAUCAAUAAUAAUAUCUGUAAAAAUAGAAGAGGGUCAGAUGUUAUCAGUGUCAAAUUCUUGUAUCUGCAAGGGAUAAGAGUACAGCCAAAGAAGCUUGUUACAAGAUUAAAAAAUGUAACAAAAUAAUACAAACUCAUUUCCUUCAAAUUAUAAAGGGGUUUGUACUAUGACGUCAAAUUCACAAAAAAUUCCUAAAUUUAAAUCUUAGGAUGUAUAAUAAUAAUACUACCUCACUGCAUAGCAC